GUAGAUUGUUGCUGCAGCGAGCAAUGAUCAGACAGCCUCUGUAUCUAAGAUCAUUUAUCUGAGAAUGGAGCUCACAGCUACACGCAGAUUUUGCACCAGGACUCAGAAGAGAGAUCUAGGAGAUAUUUACUUGAACCUUGUGAAGUUCUAACAUUGCCCCAAGGAUUCUAUGUCGCACUCGCAGAUUGAUGGAUUUAUCAGGAUCACUGGAAUCGUAUAUCUGACUAUCGUCAAUGGUAUAUUCCGGACUCAGCGUAAUUUAGCGUAGCAUAUAAAAUUACAGGCCAAAAGAUCGUCAUUUUUUAUCCCAUAAAGAGAUUGUUGUCGUUAAGUAUCAGCGAGAUCUAUCAGCAAACAGCAUAAUAGCAAAAAGUACGAGAAAAUAUACAUUUUGAGUAACUAGCUCACGAUUCCGAGGACGAGGCCUAGUUUAAGAAGAACUGAAUGCACGCUGGGAAUUUACCAAAAGUACUUCCAGUCAAACACAGGAAACUGACUAGAAUUUAGAAUGUUAUAAAGAUUCAGCAAAUGCCAUCACAUUGCCAGAUAGCGCUUUGAAGAAUACCAUUCCGGUGCAGAACUGUAUAUAUUAACAGGACUUAGACGCUCUGGUUUGUACGCAGAAAACUCUUGGAAAAGUAGAAACAGAUUGGAGAUUAAGAUCUUUAGCGUCUAUUGUGGCUAUUCUAUCACUCGUGAAGCCCAAUAGAAUUCACAAAUCUUUCCUCUGAGAGAAGUUAAUAUUAAUAGUCCAAUUGCAAUAAUACUCUGUUCCUGAUGACGAAUCCUUUAAUGCAUAUCAUUACAUUGAUAAGCGUUCAUAAACCAACUCUAAAACUUGAUUAGUACAAUAACAACGAUUCUUUAAUAACCGUCAAAGAAAACUGAAUCCAGAAAAAUCUUGGAAUCGGAAACUAAGAUUUAGGAUUUUCUUAAAAUAGGAUAUAGGAGUUAAUUGGAUGUUCCACUGUGCCACGUGGGUUACACAUUGCUAACUCUUCACAUUUUUACCUAGCACCGUUCCUCAUAAGUGGGGAUAAUCAAACAGUCUAAUGACUUACAGACCUCUCUAAACAUUCUAUUGCCCAAACUAACAUUCUCGAAAACUAACAGUUUACCUUGGACCCUUGAUCGCAGGUAUACGUCAACAUGUAAAACCAACUGGCCUCAAAGAUACACCUCAAGUGACUUCAGUGGAGGACAGCUAGCCGAGUGGUACAGUGUCGUCAAAAUACUUGAAAUAUUGGCAUUUUACUGGAUACCAAGAAAAUAUUCAAGGUGACAUUAGAGAGGAGUGACUGACGUUAUCGUAUCCAAGAUGAUUCCUUGUCGAGACAUGAUGCGGGAACUUGUCCUAUUACUGUUCACCGGUGUGCUAAUACUCACAGAGGCAGCAUGCCCUAAAAACAAUAAAGAUACCAUGAAGAAGGUCCAACAAUGUAUGCGUCUCCUCAAUAGGCAUGGCAAUCCUGACAUGGGGCUGACGGGACUAUCGACAAUGAGCGGGAAACAAUGGGAACAGCGCUGCAGUGACUAUGAUGCCACAAUAUCGUGUAUAACCAACAUAGUUCGAGACUGUCCUCCUCGCGUUAGGGAAACUACAGUAGGACUCAAAGCUUUACAAGAGGGAAUUGGGCAAAUAUGUCAUGAUACAACUAUGCUCCGUCGAUACAAUGAGCAUGUUGUUUGUUACAGACGACAUGAGAAACAAACAACCCAGUGCCUAAACAAAUUCCAAGACGAUUUAAAAUUACAAAUAGAUGAGUUAAACAUGACACCUAUUUGUAUAUCAUUUGACACUUCAAUGUUUUGUGUGAGCCAACAUAUACAAGAAUGUGGUAGUAGUGCGGUGAAAUUAUUCACAGACUUAGUGAAGAAAAUAUUGCCAAAGGAAAUCUCGGACUCGUGUGAAAUUCGUGAAUACCACAGAGCAUACGAGGUUUCAUCACAUACUUCCACAAUCUCCUCACAUACCAAUCAAAAACUGGCGUUUAUUAUGUCAUGUGUUGCAGUCAUCAUUUCUAAACAAAUGUUUACACUUUCUCUAUAGCAUUUUUAUACAAAUUGGAUGUUUAAGAUAUCUAGCAUUAAUUCAGAAGAGGUAUUUCAUUUUAGGCCCGAAAUUGAAUUCCAUUUGUCCAUUUGUGCAUUUGUCUUAUAUUCUGGGAUUUGUUAGAGAUGAUGGCUAAUGAAAACAUACAUUUAUGAAAAGUGUAACAGAGCACCAGAUCCAAAAUAAAACAAUAAGAAGAUCAAAAAUCGUGGACGUAGUUAGCUAUGAGGCAGGCGAGGC